AUGCCGAAAUCACUAGAAAAGACACGCAAGCAAAUUGCGAAGAAGCGCAAUGGGGUUAUGAACAAUCUUCAUGAAAACUCACGAAACGCCAGAAGAUUACACACUGCUCAAGUGAGAGAUGAGAGGCUAGAGAAGCUUGCUCAGGCCAAGAAGAAGAAUGACAGACCCUUGAUUGACCGAGUGGCGUUUUUCAGGGAUGUCGUCAAGGAAUCCAGCCAUCCCCGACCAUUAUCACUAGACAUAGUCCAUGAAAUGGUUAAAAGUUUUGUUCAUCAGUAUGACGAGGAGUAUGCGGAAGCAAAAAGUGCACGUCGCCCUGGCAGGCCCGCUAGCACAAAAGAAGACACCUUGAAGGCCAAGGUUGUCAAGUUGGAGAAGGAGUACCAGGCCGGAUUAUAUAUGCCCGAUCUCACCAAGGUAGAGAAUCUCGAUGCGUUGGAAAGGUGGGAAGGCUCCUGGUCGUUCCUUACUAGUCUUGCGUGGGUGAAAUUCUUGCCAUCUGGCGAGAUGAAGCCAGCAAGCUUUCCUCCUAUGUGA